AUGGCUUCCAGUAUCAACCCCACGAAAUCGCGUGAUCAGUAUAGAUUACACAACACUGCCUACUGCAUCAGAGUUAGUGCCCAUAUCUUCUCUUGGGAUUUACCAGAACCUCGUAUCCUUCUUAUCCAACGCGCUCUUUGCGAUACCAAACCUGGGUAUUGGGAGGUGCCCGCUGGGAGUGCCGAAGAACAAGACCAAACACCACGAGAUGCCUUAGAGCGAGAGGUUUUGGAAGAGACUGGGUUGCGGCUAUCCCGAAUUACUUAUACCCUCCGAACUCAGACCUGGACACGGUUGAAGGAACGCGAACACUAUAAAUGGGUUGGCCUUCCAUAUAUUAUUGAGGUCUCCGGACCCAAAACUUCCGAAUCACAUGUACAUAGCCAACAUGCGUCUGAGCCAGGACUGAAAUGGGAGGACGUCAUACAACUGAAUCCUGAGGAGCACCAAAAUUUUGUAUUGGCAACAGAGGAUGAGGUGCGAUGCGACAAGUAUAAGACGUUUGGAAAUCACAAGGAGACUAUCCUCGAAGCUUUUGCGACAGUGACAAAGAACUGCUCAGUCUAA